AAGGUGAAAAAACAUCGGCAUCACCGAUCAUCAAAAGGAAGAGAGAGAUAACAUAUCUUCGUGUCCAUCUCUAGAAUUGAGAUACAGAUCGAAUUUAUUUUUUCGAUUUGAACUCUUAUCUCCGGCGGCGAUACUUGUAUGAGUUUGGCGUUACGUUGUAGUCGAACCACGAGCUCUUCUCUGGGGCUAAUUUAUUCUCCUUCAAGCCACGAAUAAGCCCUAUGGAGCCGCCGGCAGUACAAGAGGGCGGCGGAGCGAGGCGGCAGCAGCCUCAGCAACAAGCCGGGAUCGGGCAGAUGCUGACCGGAGUGAUUAGGAUAGCUGUUUUCUGGUACUUCGCCUCUAAAUUCUUUGGACCAAAGCGAUCGCCCACUCAAUCCUCAACUCAGAUCUCUAAUCUGUUCCACAAAGGGGAGCUUUUGGACAUGUGGUUGUACGUAUCUGAGCAUGAGAAAUUUCGUGACUUUGGAAGUGAGGCCGCCCUUGUCUGGCAGGAGACAAACAUACCUUAUGCAACUUGGACUCCAGAUAGUACCAGAACUCUGUCAUUGAAGUAUCAACCUACUGAGGCUUUAAAAUCCAAUGGGAGUCUAUAUGCCCAUGUUUUCUUUGCUAAGUCUGGCUAUCCGCCAGAUCCCCAGGAUCCUGAGUACCAGCCAUUGGCAGCUUUUGGGCGGACCCACGCUAUUGUUGUAUAUUUGCCCAAGUCAAAGUCUGACAGGAGGAAGAGUUUGUUAGGGAAUUCAGAAGACUCUAGUGACGAUGGAAAGAUCUCUGAGGUAGCCAAAGAUGUCCCAGAAGAUGAGAAAGAGGAUGAACCAGCAGAAUGGAAGUCAUACUGGAAACCAAAUAUUACCAUAAAUCUGGUUGAUGAUUUCACAAGAUAUCCAGAGAAUGCAGUUCCUCCAAAUAUUGCUCCUUACAUGAACAUUGAGCCUACUACAGGAAAUUACUACCCAACUGUCUUCUUCAAUGAGUUUUGGUUACUUCGGGAUAAGUUAAUACAACUAAACGAGACCGUGACUGAAUUGCCGCUACAUCUGGAGGUUGCUCCCAUUAGCAUGACGAAAUGGCAACUCUUCCUACAGAUUGACCAAUCAUUUCAGGUUCAUAGGAGUUAUGGAAGCAUGCUCGAAGGGGAAGCUGAUGAACUUAAGAGAGUUUUUCUUGAAGGAAACCCUAUCCUUUUAGCAGUUACCAUGGUUGUUUCAGCUCUUCACUCAAUAUUUGACUUCUUGGCUUUUAAAAAUGAUAUCCAGUUCUGGAAUAAAAACAAGUCGAUGGAAGGGUUAUCUGCAAAAUCUGUUGUUGUGAAUUUCUUUUGUCAGCUAAUUGUCUUCCUCUACUUGCUUGACAAUGAAACUUCAUGGAUGAUACUUGCAAGUUCUGGUAUUGGAUGCUGCAUUGAGUUUUGGAAAAUAGGGAAAGCUAUGCAUAUUGAGGUUGACAGAACUGGUACGAUACCAAUGCUUAGAUUCCGUGACCGUGAGUCAUAUGCUACAAACAAGACAAAGGAAUAUGAUGAUCUUGCUAUGAAGUACUUGACAUAUGUCUUACUCUUCCUUGCUGUCUGUUUCUCUAUUUACUCUCUAAAGUAUGAACGCCACAAGAGCUGGUAUUCUUGGAUCCUUUCAUCCCUUACAAGCUGUGUCUACAUGUUCGGUUUUAUCAUGAUGUGCCCUCAACUCUUUAUCAAUUAUAAGCUAAAGUCUGUUGCCCAUCUACCUUGGAGGCAGAUGACAUACAAGUUUUUGAACACAAUUAUAGAUGACCUCUUUGCUUUUGUGAUUAAGAUGCCAAUACUACAUCGACUUUCAGUCUUCCGUGAUGAUGUUAUAUUUUUGAUAUAUCUUUAUCAAAGAUGGAAGUACCCGGUCGACAAGAAACGUGUGAAUGAAUUUGGUUUCGGUGGGGAGGAUGAGCAAGCCGUGGCGGAAACUACAGAUUCAACACAGCAAACGGAAGAGGACAAGAAAACUAAUUGACUUAGUUGUGACCAAAACAAAUUGAUACCGUGUAACUCAGUAACAGAUUAGUUAUGGGAUUGUUUUUGCUGCUCAUAUUUAUAUGCUUAUUGUUCAAUGUUUGCCGCAAUAUGUAGGUGUUUUUUUGACAUGUGAUUGGAUUGUUUUUUUUUCAAUAGAAGAAGACAAGGAUUCAGUAUUCACCACA